AUGUCGAAAUACGAGGACGAUAAAGGUCAACCCAGGGAGAAGGAGAGGGUGCCGACGCUCAAAGCGACCGACUGGAAGACGCCACAUGGACAAGUCAAGGCACAGAGUGAUACCGAAGAUGUGUCGCCACGGUCCAAAGGCGAGAUUCCCUUGACCGAGAGGCACACAGAAGAGAUCCGAAGACGCAUCGAAGAAGCCAAAGAGAGGGCAGCGAAGACCAGUCCUCCUGUCUCUGAUGUUUCAGUACCUUCUCGGUCUCCAACUCAGCCUGCUGUGCCCCCUCCGAUAAACCCCAACCUGUCUACGUCCAGUUUGAGCUCAGUAUCCCCGGAGCUUCUGACAGAGCUGCGUAAGAUCAUCAGGGAAGAGGUCGAGCAGCUAAACAAGGGAGAGAAGCAAGCCGAGCCACUUGAUAAGCCAUCAAGGCCCCCGAGGCCAACAUCCCCUCUCCGUCCAUGGACGGACACCCAGGACUAUGUCCUCCCUACCGCCGCAGCUGCCGCCGCAGCUGCCACUGCUGCAAGCUUGCCAAAGGACGGCGGUGAGAAGAGAUCAAGUCCGACGACAACAGGAGGACCAUUUCCGACCACCACGCAACACAAGGAUCCCCCACGGCAUUCAACUGUGCGCUUUAGCAAUGAGACUAAAGCGGCCAUGCCCGUGCCCCCUCGAAGCGGCGAGGACGACAACCGAAAGAGCUCGUCCACCAAAGAUGCCAGGCAGUUGACAGCCAUCGACCAGAAGUGGGGGGUGCUGUUCGACAAAGACGGCGAGUCGACCAAGCGGAUGGAGCAUGUUGUCAAGGGGCUCGCAAACUACAUCAUCGAAGAGUUCAUGCCACAGAGCUCCAUCGUGAUCACACCCGAGAAAAUGGCUGCAUUCUACUCGCACCACCGCCUGGACAAGGAGGUGUUCCCCUUUGCAGUCCUGUUUAAGUCACGUUCGAAGCACCUGCACGAGGCUUUGGAAAGCCUAUAUGAGGACCUGGGAUGUCAGUACUUCCUCGCCCCCGUCGACAGCAGAUCACGGCCAAGUGUCCCUGGCCUCACGCCUGCGGGCUUCAAGCACUGGCUGGUCUCGUUCGUCCAAGCGUAUCCCGACGAAGAGGCCAAGCGCCUGGACAAGGUUGUGUCAGCUUUGCCUAUUGAAGCGGACAGUCUCUUGGACGGGAAACCCGAGAGGCUUCCGAAGCAAAUAUCACGAUAUCUUCUUCCGGAGAAACCGGUGCGAAAGGUGCAGAAGAUAGUGGAUGAGGCGAUGAGAAACUUCACACAAGACAUCAACAACUCGUCAACAUCGCAGUCAAAUACAGCAAUAACAGCAGUGAGCUCACGGUAUAUACCAGACGCCGCUAUCAAGGAGAAUAGGGCGGACGAUGGAGGUACGGGCCAAGAAAGGGACAGGCGAACGACCUCGACAGCUGCCAGCGGCAGCCGCGACCACGACGACAGCCGCAGAAAAUCGAUGGCGACACCACCAGGGCCCGGCCACCUCGGACGGACGAACUCGCUCGACACAGGCGGCCGAAAUUCCCAGAGCAGCAGGACGGCCCACGCCUCGUCGUCCGGUGGAGGGCUGGGAAGGUCAGCGACCGGGUCCUCGUCAUCCUCGAGAAAGAAUCGCAGCCCUCAGAGGAACUCGUAUAGCCAGUCUGUACCUUCGGGCCUCAACCGCGACGAUGUUGGGGCCGACCGGCGGUCGUCCACGAUAUCAGCGGCUGCAGCGAGCGUAGCGGCGGCAGUCUUGAGGCCCUCGUCGCGCGCGGCGAUAUCGGCGGCCCAUCUGGCCUCCCAGGGCAUGUCGUCGUCGACGCCUGCCCUGGACACGGGUGCGCGAGACCCGCGGGCUGGUGGCGACUCCCGCGACAAACGGCCCAGCCUGGACGAGUCGCUGCCGCGGGCGCCGACGUCGGCCUUCAACCUGAGGGACAAGGCCGGUCUCGACAACAGAAGCUCCAGCAAGCAGUCCAAGAGACGGAGCAUGGUGCUCCCCGACCUCAAGGGCCCGACGUGGGACGACUACCUCAAGAGCUCUGCGCCCAAGUCGUCGACCUCGUCGUUCAUGAAGAGGGCGGACCCCGGGUACCACUCGUCGGGUUGA